AUCUCCCACACGCGUGGUCCUCUGGACGGCAGCCUGUAUGCCCAGGUGAAGAAGCACCGGGGCCGGGGCUCCUUCGGUGUCGCUGAUGCCUCUCCCAAUGCAUGCCCCAAAGGCAGCCCCACAGCCAAGCCUCCUCCAUCGGCCCAGCCUCCUCCACCGGCCCAGCCUCAAUCUCAACCUCAGCCCCUGUCCCUCAGCUCUGACUCGGGACACUCCUCCACCCCCUCCGAACACAUAGAGGACCCCCCUCCUUGCCCCCUGUCCCGCCUGGAGAAAAAGAAGGAGGAGAUGGACUGUCUACUGCGGAUGGGGGAGGGUGGAGAGAGAGACAGGGUGAGGCAGAGGGAGAGGGACCGGGAGACGGCAAUUUUGGAUGACGGAGACUCUGUUCCAGAUGGAGGGUUGAGGCGGGAGCAGUGGUCAUGUUGCGUUCGAGCGGGCCACGGUCCAAGAUGUCAGAGGUGUGGGGAGGCAUCGGGUUGGGAGAGGGAGCUGUGCUUUGCUAACGGACAUUGUAUGGACCGCUGUAACAGCAGCACCAAGGGGAACCCAAAGAGCCGAACAUUACCCGCCUUACCCUCCCAGCAGCCGGUGUCUCAUCGCCCCCUGGAGCCCCGUCUGGACUUGUGCCAUCACCAUAGCGCCCAUCCCUUGCCUGAGUUGCUGUGGGAACGUCCCCCGCCCCCUUUACCCUGUCUCCAUCGGCCAUGCUACCCCUACCCCGCCCCUGAACACGCCCACCCACACGCCCACACCAUCCCGGCCUCCAAUAUGCUCUUCUGCGGUGGGGAGAAGUGUCAGGUCUUUCAUUACCCCGCCCCCACCCCCCCUCGCCUCUCACACCAAUCCCUGCCUUCCAGCCCGUAUAGGGAGAUGUUUUUCAGCCCGGCGGCUCCUCCCCCUGGUGGCUGCCCAUGCCGAGACUGCACCUGCAGGCGAGAGCACCAAUCGGCUUCGGCCAGAGCCUUCCACCCGCUGUGCCUGGACCAACCAGAGAGCCCGCACUGGGCCCGAGGGCGGGACUCUGAGCUGUGGGACAGGGAGGCAGGGCUGAAGCGGGGGAGGGAGGGGCCUCCUCAGCUCUGGGAGGUGGAGAAUCCGUGGGAGGCGGAGAGAGAGGCAGAGUUUUGGCAGCGGAGGUCAGUGGGAGGGAUGACACCCUAUAGAGGCUGUCACUCCCCCCUGGGUCAGGGUCCCGGGUACCCCAGCCCCCACCCCUUCCUGGACAGCCCCCUUGGCAGCAGUGGAUACAACACCCCCCAACCCCCCUGCCACUCCUGCCCUUGUUCACCCUACCAGCAGGCCUCCCCCUCGGAGAGCCACGGGAUCCGGGGGUAUGCCUCGGGGUACCAGUCUGGGUCCACCUUGCCCCUGCCCCCUGGUGGCCCAAACCCUGGUGCUUCCCCCUCGGAUACACCCACCGACCGGCAGCAACAGACUGAUGGAAAGACUGGUAAGUGACGCAAUCUCACACAUUGGCGAACCGUGACUAUAGGACCUAGGCCUUCAGAGGGACCAAAAAUCUAAUUAAACAGGCCUGGCUGCGCUUCGGGCUGCCACACACACAGAGACAGAACCGGCAUGGACACAACAUGACACACAGGAUAAAAUAAUGCACUGUUUACACAACUUAUGGUAGCCAGCACCACUAUCACACAAUCACCAACAGCGACAACAACAGUGUCACAUCAAAGGUGGCAGGCUCAUGGUGCUGAAAGGACAGUGACUGUAAUACGUGUGCACUCCAUGGCGCUGAAGGAGAGACAGUUUUGGUCAAACACAUAGACAAGGCUGAUAGACAAGCGACAGCAGUCACAUACAGCAUCAAAUAAUGUUAAAGAAUAAGCAGCCCAUUCACUCCAGUAGGCCCCAUGAAAUCAUACCACUACAAAAUCGCAACCAUUUCAUGUCCAACAUUUUAUUAACAAACCAGAUAUUUCUUCCCAUUGCAAAUAUAUUUUAUCACGUUCAUCACACUGACCGGUGAUCUAAAGUUUAAAUGCAACAAUGUUUCACAGUCAAAGAGAUAAGAGAUAGCUAACAGCAAGCGAGCUGCAACAAAAAACAGUUUCACUCACCAGAUAUUGAUAAAUUGUAAAGGAAGUUUGAAAGUUAAUCUUGAAAAGGGUGAUGCUAACAAAUUAGCAACAACAUUCACCUUGAAGUUGAUAACAGCUGCUGCAGCCGCCGUCACCAAUGUCACACUACUACAACACAAGCUAGCUAACGUUACUAGCGUUAGCGUGGGAAAACUACUGCUUGCGACGCAUAUGUUUUUGGUCUGGCACUCUCUUCUUUCUGGCAGACUACAACCUAUUAGUGUAUUGCUGCCUCCUACUGUAUUGGCUGUUUAUCAGCCUGCUAUUCUUUAUAGCAUCACCGCCUGGUAUGGCAACUGCUCGGCCUCCAACCGCAAGGCACUACAGAGGGUAGUGCGUACGGCCCAGUACAUCACUGGGGCCAAGCUUCCUGCCAUCCAGGACUUCUAUACCAGGCGGUGUCAGAGGAAGUCCCUAAAAAUUGUCAAAGACUCCAGCCACCCUAGUCAUAGACUGUUCUCUCUGCUACCGCACGGCAAGCGGUACCGGAGCGCCAAGUCUAGUCUAGGUCUUAUUUUACUGCUGCUCUUUAAUUAUUAUUAUUAUUAUUUUUUUUUUAGGUAUUCUUUCUUAAAACUGCAUUGUUGGUUUAGGGCUUGUAAGUAAGCAUUUCACUGUAAGGUCUACUACACCUGUUGUAUUCGGCGCAUGUGACAAAUACAAUUUGAUUUGAUAAGAAUUCAUUACCUCUUGCACUCUCAGUAGUGACCUGUCUAGGCCUUCUCCCACCCCAUUGCAAGUCAAAAUGUGAUUGGUUCAUUCCACUGUCAGUCCAAAAUUCUGCUCUAAUACAGUUGAAUGGCCUUCUGUCCAGCUUCUGAAGGCCUAGCCAAUGGCUGGCUGAGCUAGCUAGUUUUAUCUACCCAGAGACCACCAAAGAAAAUCCUGAUUGGAUUAUUUUUUCUAUUCAGUAUUAACCCUUCUCUUUCCAACACAAAUUGAAGAGAUUAAAUCAGGAAAUUAUUACAAUUAUUGUAAAGAUGAGAAAGAAAUUAAAACAUCCAUUUAAUAAAAAAAUAUAUUCUCCCCCCCCCCCACCCCCCGCUCCCUUUCUCUUGCUUUCUCUCUAGGUGCAUCAGACGUGGUGCGAAACAGUGUUGGUAUGGAGGACUCUUCUUCCCAGGGGUCAUUGGGGCAAGCAGAGGUUGACGGACAGCCCACUUGCCCCACACCUUUAUCAGACUCUGAUCCAGACUACACAGCCAUCACUAGCAGCCCUGCACACAGUGAAGACAGGUGGGUAACCCUCAGCCUCCUGUUGCUAUCUCAGACGCUGUUUUGCUAAUGGUAAAGGUUAGUAUUGGGGGAGGGGGAGCUGAUCCUAGAUCUGUAUCUAGGGGACACAUCACCUGGAGCAUGGAUCCAUUUUCUUCUUGUGGUGUUCGCUUUAGGUUUGUGUUUUCAGUGUGAAUUGUGUGAGACGAAGUGGUGAAGAAAACUGUGGAGCAGGAUAUGUAAUACAGUGAUGGAUUAAACCAGUGGAGCAGGAUAUGUAAUACAGUGAUGGAUUAUACCUGUGGAGCAGGAUAUGUAAUACAGUGAUGGAUUAAACCAGUGGAGCAGGAUAUGUAAUACAGUGAUGGAUUAAACCAGUGGAGCAGGAUAUGUAAUACAGUGAUGGAUUAAACCAGUGGAGCAGGAUAUGUAAUACAGUGAUGGAUUAAACCAGUGGAGCAGGAUAUGUAAUACAGUGAUGGAUUAAACCUUGUGGAGCAGGAUAUGUAAUACAGUGAUGGAUUAAACCAGUGGAGAAGGAUAUGUAAUACAGUGAUGGAUUAAACCAGUGGAGCAGGAUAUGUAAUACAGUGAUGGAUUAAACCAGUGGAGCAGGAUAUGUAAUACAGUGAUGGAUUAAACCAGUGGAGCAGGAUAUGUAAUACAGUGAUGGAUUAAACCUGUGGAGCAGGAUAUGUAAUACAGUGAUGGAUUAAACCAGUGGAGCAGGAUAUGUAAUACAGUGAUGGAUUAAACCAGUGGAGCAGGAUAUGUAAUACAGUGAUGGAUUAAACCAGUGGAGCAGGAUAUGUAAUACAGUGAUGGAUUAAACCAGUGGAGCAGGAUAUGUAAUACAGUGAUGGAUUAAACCUGUGGAGCAGGAUAUGUAAUACAGUGAUGGAUUAAACCAGUGGAGCAGGAUAUGUAAUCUGUUUCAGCAUCUGACCUGCCUAAUUCUCAGUUUAAUUUCUUUUUUUCUUUUUUUUAAUAGGCUAAAUUACACGUUCUGUUAACAUAUGACCCCAAAGUGAAUUGUUCUUGCAAUUUGUAGUCUGACAUUUCAGAUUUACAUAUAAUUUUUUUAACUAAGUAGUUUGGAUAUAGUGAACUACUUUUCAAACUUUAGUUAAGGAAACUAUAUUUUUCUUAAGGGUAGUUUUAUUGUAGCUUAACUUCUUCCAGUGUCAAGUAAUUGGGAGCUUGGUAAACUAUAUUUUCAGAGUAGCUUCCCCAACACUGUAUACAGUGAUGUAUUAAACCAGUAAUACAGUGAUGUAUUCUGCCAAUAAAGCUCGCCCGCUUGUAGUCCUGGAAAACAGAAAUGAGUUACUUCUAGUUUGUUCAGCCAUUCCCAUGGGGAAAAUGAAUGUGGAAAGAAUAGGGUUUGGGGAUAAAUGCAGAAAAUAAGAGUUUAACCAAGGCUUAGGAGAUCUUAUACGUUUUGUUCUAUGAGAUAAUAUCAGUCAGUUAACAUGACAUUUAUGAGUUAGGAAGCCUUUGUGCUUUUUUAAAAUUACAUAAAUCCUUCAAAAUUCACAAAAAGUGACGUUAGCUGAUGAAGAUUAUCUCAUAGAACAAAACAUAUACGUUCUCCUAAGCCUGUGUUUAUCUCAGACCUUAUUUUCUGCGUUUAUCCAAAAACCCUACAAAAACUCAAUUCAUUCCCCUAUAGGCUUUGGCCAAUGAGCCAUGGCGGAGUGAAUGCCUACAGAAAGACGACAUUACUAUUGCUUGCUAUGUGGCUGAACACCAGGGGUGUAUUCAUUAGCGCACACCGUAGCAAAAAUUUUGAAACAGAAAACCAAAAACAAGUGUUUCUUAUCGAACAAAUUCAGCUAGGUCCCUCCCCGUUUCAGCCCGCUUGCCUCCGUUUGGUUCCUAGUGAAUACACCCCAGUAAAGUACCGUUUAACGAUUCCUGUGACUCCUAUUGAAGUCAAUACAUUACAACUGGCAAUGCCUCUUCUUGUCCUUUCAAUCAAUUUCCCCUUGGAUAAUAAUUAAGAAUCUAGUAGUACUUUUUUGGAUGUCCUCCUUUCUCUCUAAAUACGUUCUCAUUGACACAGUUUUAUAUUUAACAUAUUUUAUAUGUUCCCUUUACUGUUGUGCUGAAAAAGCUGGAAGUAUGAUUGCGAAAUCAUUAUGUACCUUUUCUACUACGUUGUCUUCAGCACUUUUGAAAUGUGUAAAUAAGCAGAAACAAACUCUUUUCCCUCUCUGUCUCUCUCUGUCUGUCUCUCUCUCUCUCUCUGUCUGUCUGUCUGUCUGUCUGUCUGCUCCAGUGAGAAGAAGCCAGAUGAAGAGACAUUUGACGCCACUGUAGAAGUUUCCCCCCCGAGUCCCCCAGACGGCCCCCAGGGGCCCCAGGAACCAAGUCAAGGGCCCCAGCAGAUAGAGCCCCUCAGUGGGGCCCCCGUCUCUGCAGCUCAAGCCUCCGCCUCCACCAUCCUGGAACCUAACACUAACACCAAUAGUAACAGUAGCACGCCGAAGACCAAAAGGGCACCGCACCUAGUGGUAAAAUCCACAACAACACCGACAGCAUCGACAGAGUCACAAAACCAAGGCAGUGACCGCUCUUCUAAAGAGUCCAUACAGAUGCCGAGUGAACGUGUGAACCCUAGUGACUCACAACAAGUGCACAUGGAAGUGCACACUGUAAGUGCAAGUGUGCAUCCACCUCCCCCUACAGCUGAGGAUGGAGAAUUGAAGGUCGUGGAGAGAGUACUACAGAUGUCCACUCAGACCGCUGCCGUCCCGAGCGCAAGGCAUUCAAUCGUACCUGUCCAAGUGAAACUCAAUGGCAGCGCCCUCCUCAGUGGCUCACCCCAAUUAGAAAGAGGCUGCAGCGCAUCACCGAGCCCUUGCUCUACCCCCAGCUCUGCCCCUCCCUCCCCACAUCUUGACAUUGGCUCCCCAGAGCAACGUCCCUCCCCUCAGCCCUCUCCAUUGGCCAUGGACCCAGCUGGGCGGAGACUUACCCCUGUGAGUGACAGUGACCCCAAAUCCCCAUCCCCUGUCCCUGACGGGUACAACACCCCCACCUUCCCCCUGGCGCCCUACUACUACCCCCUUCUCAAAGUCCCCCACGUCCCCUACUCGGGGUACACCGCUGUCACUAUCGCCGCCGCCCAGCCCCCACUCCCUGAAAAGAGGCGCCUGUCUUCCAUGCCAGGGUACCGCAAUGGGCACGGCUCCCAGUCCCUCCUGAGUUCCUCCCUGGGUGCCAUACGACCCAUGGGUCCCUCUCCCCAAUCUAGCCCCCUCCACGUCACCUUCUCCCCCUCGGUGGGGGUGGGGGAGCUCCCCCCGCCGGUCAGACGAGGACUGGCACUGCCUAGUGUCAGAGAGGAGAGCAGCAAGGUCAAUGCCAAGUUUGUCCAGGACAGCUCCAAGUUCUGGUACAAGCCUGGCAUAUCCAGAGACCAAGGUAAGGGAACAGGCCUGGGCUAAAGUUUUGAAGGAUUCCCCUUUAUUUAGAUAGCCCCUCACAGAUCUAGAGAAGCUCACUCUCAACAACCAGUGUCAAUUGCAACUGUGUUGACAUGCAAACAUCUUGUACGAUCUUCUUGAUUUGAGAAAUACUGUUGUAGUGUAUACUUGAAUGAAAGGUAACUCAUUUCUACCAUAGUAAUACUUACUCUAGUGUUCCUCCUCCCCCUUGUAGCCAUCGCUGUGUUGAAGGAAAAGGAGCCCGGCUCCUUCCUGAUCAGGGACAGUAACUCCUUUCAAGGGGCCUACGGUCUGGCCCUCAAGGUGGCCAGCCAUCCUUCAAACAACGUCAACAACAGCAAAGGUAACGGGGAAGUCAUUAUUUAUUUGACAAAGCAUUUUAAAAAUCCAUUGUCUAUUCUAUUUUGUUACAAGUGAUAUCAAUUAUCUCUCUCUCUCUCUCUCUCUCGCGCUCUCCCUCUCUCUCUCUCUCUCUCUCUCUCUCUCCCCCUCUCUCUUCUCUCUCUCUCUCUCUCUCUCCUCUCUCUCUCCCCCUCCCUCACUAUCCCUCCCCCUCUCUCACUAUCCCCCGUCUCUCUCUCUGUAUAUCUCUCUCGCCCUCUCUCUCCCCUCUAUCUCUUCCUCCCUCCUUUCUCUCUCCUCUAUCUCUUCCUCCCUCCUUUCUCUCUCCUUCUCAGUGGAUGAUCAGGAGCAUCUGGUCAGACACUUCCUCAUUGAGACAGGCUCUCGGGGGGUCAAGAUAAAGGGUUGUCAGAACGAGUCCUAUUUCGGUGAGUCCUAUUUCUGUCCUGCAGAUGUCGCUGUUGGCCUCACAAUUACGUCUAUCAUUGCUUUAAUACCCUUUUUUACACUAUCAUGGAAUUCAGUGCUAUCUCAGAUAUUUAAUUUCACAUUAUCCUUCACAGUACAGUUCCGGAUACUAUGGUGUAUGUGUAACCAGGCCAGCGCAGUACAGCUUUGCCUGGCUCAGUAGUGUGAAAAUGGUUAGAAAGUGACUUUCCUUCCUCGUCUUCUCUCCUUCACCUGUGAUGAUCUGAUAUGCGUAUGUGUUUUAGGAAGUUUAUCUGCCUUGGUGUACCAGCACUCACUCACCCCUAUCUCCCUGCCAUGUGCCCUGUGCAUCCCUGAGAAAGGUAAAUCCCUAUGUGUUUCAACAGAAUAACUUUGUAUCAAACAGUAUGGGGGCAGAUACUAUAUGUACAGUGCCUUCGCAAAGUAUUCAGACCCCUUGACUUUUUCCAAAUUUUGUUACGUUACAGCCUUAUUCUAAAAUUGAUUAAAUUGUUUUUUCCCUUAUCAAUCUACACACAAUACCCCAUACUGACAAAGCAAAAACAGGUUUUUAUAAAUGUUUGCUUAUUUAUAAAAGUAAAUGAAAUAUUACAUUUACAUAAGUAUUCAGACCCUUUACUCAGUACUUUGUUGAAGCACCUUUGGCAGCGAUUACAGCCUUGAGUCUUCUUGGGUAUGACGCUACAAGCUUGGAACACCAGUAUUUGGGGAGUUUCUCCCAUUCUUCUCUGCAGAUCCUCUCAAGCUCUGUCAGGUUGGAUGGGGAGCGUCACUGCACAGCUAUUUGCAGGUCUCUCCAGAGAUGUUCGAUCGGGUUCAGGUCCGGGCUCUGGCUGGGCCACUCAAGGACAUCCAGAGACGUGUACCGAAUCCACUCCUGCGUUGUCUUGGCUGUGUGCUUAGGGUUGUUGUCCUGUUGGAAGGUGAACCUUCACCUCAGUCUGAGGUCCUGAGCGCUCUGGAGCAGGUUUUCAUCAAGGAUCUCUCUGUACUUUGCUCCGUUCAUCUUUGCCUCGAUCCUGACUAGUCUCCCUGCCACUGAAAAACACCCCCACAGCAUGAUGCUGCCACCACCAUGCUUCACCGUAGGGAUGAUGCCAGGUUUCCUCCCGACGUGACGCUUGGCAUUCAGGCCAAAGAGUUCAAUCUUGGUUUCAUCAGACCAGAGAAUCUUGCUCUUUUGGCUAACUCCAAGUGGGCUGUCAUGUGCCUUUUACUGAGGAGUGGCUUCCGUCUGGCCACUCCACCAUAAAGGCCUGAUUAGUGGAGUGCUGCAGAGAUGGUUGUCCUUCUGGAAGGUUCUCCCAUCUCCACAGAGGAUAUCUGGAGCUCUGUCAGAGUGACCAUCGGGUUCUUGUUCACCUCCCUGAACCAAGGCCCUUCUCCCCCGAUUGCUCAGUUUGGCCAGGCGGCCAGCUCUAGGAAGAGUCUUGGUGGUUCCAAACUUCUUCCAUUUAAGAAUGAUGGAGGCCACUGUGUACUUGGGGACCUUCAAUCCUGCAGAAACGUUUUGGUACCCUUCCCCAGAUCUGUGCCUCGACACAAUCCUGUCUCGGAGCUCUACGGACAAAUUCCUUCGACCUCAUGGCUUGGUUUUUGCUCUGACAUGCACUGUCAACUGUGGGACCUUAUAUAGACAAGUGUGUGCCUUUCCAAAUCAUGUCCAAUCAAUUGAAUUUACCAUAGGUGGCCUCCAAUCAAGUUGUAGAAACAUCUCAAGGAUGAUCAAUGGAAACAGGAUGCACCUGAGCUCAAUUUCUAGUCUCAUAGCAAAGGGUCUGAAUACUUAUGUAAAUAAGGUAUUUCAGUUUUUGUAUUUUUAAUACAUUUGCAAAAAUUACAAAAAAACUGUUUUCGCUUUGUUAUUAUGGGGUAUUGUGUGUAGAUUAACGAGGAAUUGUUUUUAUUUAAUCCAUUUUAGAAUAAGGCUGUAACGUAACAAAAUGUGGAAAAAGUAAAGGGGUCUGAAUACUUUCCUGAAGGCACUGUAUACUAUACCUGUAUCAAUAGGGCAUGGACUAUGUGUGUGCAUGACACAAUAUACAAUAUACGCUGAGUGUACAAAACAUUAUGAACACCUGCUCUUUCCAUGACAUAGAUUGACCAGGUGAAUCCAGGUGAAAGCUAUGAUCCCUUAUUGAUGUCACUUGUUAAAUCCACUUCAAUCAGUGUACAGUGGGGGAAAAAAGUAUUUAGUCAGCCACCAAUUGUGCAAGUUCUCCCACUUAAAAAGAUGAGAGAGGCCUGUACUUUUCAUCAUAGGUACAGGUCAACUAUGACAGACAAAUUGAGAAAAAAAAAUCCAGAAAAUCACAUUGUAGGAUUUUAAAUGAAUUUAUUUGCAAAUUAUGGUGGAAAAUAAGUAUUUGGUCACCUACAAACAAGAAAGAUUUCUGUCUCUCACAGACCUGUAACUUCUUCUUUAAGAGGCUCCUCUGUCCUCCACUCGUUACCUGUAUUAAUGGCACCUGUUUGAACUUGUUAUCAGUAUAAAAGACACCUGUCCACAACCUCAAACAGUCACACUCCAAACUCCACUAUGGCCAAGACCAAAGAGCUGUCAAAGGACACCAGAAACAAAAUUGUAGACCUGCACCAGGCUGGGAAGACUGAAUCUGCAAUAGGUAAGCAGCUUGGUUUGAAGAAAUCAACUGUGGGAGCAAUUAUUAGGAAAUGGAAGACAUACAAGACCACUGAUAAUCUCCCUCGAUCUGGGGCUCCACGCAAGAUCUCACCCCGUGGGGUCAAAAUGAUCACAAGAACGGUGAGCAAAAAUCCCAGAACCACACUGGGGGACCUAGUGAAUGACAAUUGGUGGCUGACUAAAUACUUUUUUUCCCCACUGUAGAUGAGGAGACAGGUUAAAGAAGGAUUUUUAAGCCUUGAGACAAUUGAGACAUGGAUUGUGCACGUGUGCCAUUCAGAGGGUGAAUCGGCAAGACAAAAGAUUGAAGUGCCUUUGAACGGGGUAUGGUAGUAGUUACCAGGCGCACCGGUUUGUGUCAAGAACUGCAACGCUUCUGGGUUUUUCAAUCUCAACAGUUUCCCGUGUGUAGCAAGAAUGGUCCACCACCCAAAGGACAUCCAGCCAACUUGACACAACUGUGGGAAGCAUUGGAGUCAACAUGGGCCAGCAUCCCUGUGGAAUGCUUUCGACACCUUGUAGAUAGAGUCCAUGCCCCGACGAAUUGAGGCUGUUCUGAGGGGAAAAUGUGGGGGGCAACUCAAUAUUAGGAAUGUAUAUUUACAUUAAAAAGAGUGUAUGGGGUGCACGUGUGUAUGAGAAAUGUGUAUUGGGAGUGUGUAAUGUGUAAGUAUGGAUGCAUGUUGUGCAUGUACGUACCCAGAGAGUUAGCAUGAUUUAGUGGUGAGUCAUGGGGAAAUGUCCUAAUGUUGUUAUGGUGUUCCAGAUCUGGUCGGAGAGAUGCAGAGUGCCAGCAACACCAGUACUGCAGCUGACCUCCUCAAACAGGGCGCAGGUGAGAGAAAGUUCAAGGGUCAAAUACAGUGGCUGCUCAAGGUACAUGGAUCCCUAUAGAGAGAUGGGUAAACAGAGUGGAAUGCUAGCAUGACUUAGUAAAAAAUACUCACAUUCUAUCAAUGCAUUGAGCUCGGCAAGCUUAUCUCAAGUUAGGUGAGGCCUUGUGUAGGUGUGACAUGACCCACUUACAUCUCUAAAUACUGUUCAUCCAUCAUUCCUCCCCCCCCCCCCCCCCUCCCCUCACCUCCAGCCUGUAACGUGCUCUACCUAAACUCUGUGGAGACCGAGUCACUAACGGGGCCUCAGGCUGUCUCCAAGGCGACCAGGUGCACUCUGACCCAGAGCCCUCAGCCCAUGGCCACCAUGGUCCACUUCAAAGUGUCCACUCAGGGCAUCACGCUGACCGACAGUCAAAGGAGGUGUGUUUUAAAAUGUUUUGCAACAGAACACUAAAAUGAGCAUUUCUUAUUGGACCAUGGUGUAAGUGUAGGCAGUCCCUCCUUGUUUUAGUCUGUUUCCUCCAGUUUGGUGCCUAAUGAAUACAACCACUAUACAGACUCUUCUUCAGGAGACACUACCCCAUCAACAGUGUGACCUUCAGCAGCGUGGAUCCUCAGGACAAGAGGUGGGACCAACGUCAUGCUAACGUUAAGAGUAGCCUUAAGACAACGCAUGGAACGAUGGGGUCUGACACUCUGGCUUUAGGCCUAUAUGCAACCAUUGCGACAUAGACCUUGUGCACAUGUGAAUACCACCGAAUGAAAGUUGAAAUGUGAUGUGUCGUGAGCAAUGACUUAUAUGAGCUGUGUAGCGAAGUUGACCUUGUAUUUUGACAUGGCUGAACACUGCUUUGUUUGGUACACAGAUGGCAUUGUGGUUCAGGGUUGGGUCAAUUAAUCUCUAAAUUGUUCAAUGUUAAAGCGGCAAUCAGCAGUAGUAACAAUUCCCUGCCCCUGUUUCAGUAAAAACCUGAGGGAUGGGGCUGGAGAAAUGUAAUCACUCAAAUUCAUAGUCAGAUCUAUGGAUGCAAGGACUGACCAUCCAUAAUAUCAACAUGAUAGUUCUAACCAUGUUUUGAGGCUAUAUAGUGUUGCUUUACAUUUACUUAAACAAGCUUAUAUUUUGGGUUCUGAUGGGUUACGACAGUUGAACUAAUCUCAUGAGGCAUUUAUAAGUUAUUUUCUUCAAGAGUCAUUGGGUAUAUAUCAUUAAUUUCUAAGUACAAAAUGGAUGUAGUAACUGCUGAUUGCCCCUUUAACUUAAAAUGAAUUUCAAAUCAAAUGGAUCCCAACCCUGUUGUGGCUAAAUGUUGCUGUAGCCUACUGCGCAUUAACCCUGUAUUGCACCAUUAUGGCUGAAUACUGCUACAUCUAGAAGGCCUUCUAUGGAUGUUUCUACAUACUGGUAUGGUAUAAACCUUUUUGUGUAUGUGCAACUACAGUAUAGUAUGUAUUUUCUGGUUAAGAACAACAACCCUGACGGUAUGACUGCACUUCUUGCUCAAUUUGAGAAGCUCCAACUGCCUCAAUGCAUCUAAGACAUGUUGUCUUUAUGUCCUUGUCUGUCUAUCUGUCUGUCUGUCUGCUUCAGGUGGACUAAUUCUGAUAACAAGUCAAGCAAGUAAGUGCUUGUGUCUCUGCUUGUGCCUUUGUGUGUAGAUAGAAUUGUGUGUGCAUCAUGGCAAUUUAUCAUACAGUGCUCUCCUUUUAUAAAAAGAUGACUCUUAUAAAAUUUAUCCCUACAUUGAAUGAACCUUAAGAGAACGACAGUGAAUAUAAGUCAUGUGAUGCUCCAGAGUUUCUUCUUAUAUCUGUGCUUCUCACGAAAAGAGCGCUGAGAAAAAACAGUUUUCUACCAUCAUAGAUUAAAAAAACACAAAUCCUAUUCUCUUUUAUUCACCCGUCUGGUUAUCUUAUCUCCCACUCCAUCCUUUGUUUGGUUUCCUUCUUCACCUCCUCUCAUCCCUCUCUCUCGCUCUCUUCAUCCCUCACUCCUGCAGGGUGUUUGGUUUUGUGGCAAGGCGGACUGGCAGCACGUCGGAGAAUGUGUGUCACCUGUUUGCCGAGAUGGACCCGGAGCAGCCGGCUGUGGCCAUCGUCAACUUCAUCAACAAGGUCAUGCUGGGGCCCCAGCAGCAGCAACGCAGA